AUUUCUUUAAAGUUUGUGAAUUUGUCGAAUUUGUCUAUUUGGAUUGUUUUUCCGGGGAUAUCAUUAUAUUUUAUCUCUCGGAAUACUGUUUACAAUGAGUAAACGGAAACGUGAAACUUGCCACGACGGCCAGGAAACUAAAACCGCUAAAAAUGUUGCAAUUAAAAGUACCCACUACGAUGCAAACACGAACUGGAACAUUGACGAUUAUCGUACUCCAUAUGAACCAGACGAACAUUGGGAACUAAGGCGACUGUUUAUGGAAAGGCAUCAACUUCAGAUUCCAGAGGAUGAGCUUGUUUGUAUGGCGCAAGUGUUCGUCAACGUAGAACUUCUCCACUGUCGAUAUCCGUUAGAAACUAUGCAACGCAUCAAGGAACUGUCGGAAGGAAUAGCUAAUGAGUACCGCGCUUCACGAAGAAAUAAAUUGCAACGUACGUUUGUUUCCGCCUCCAAUGCUGCUGCGUUGAAGGUGCAGCGAAAAGGUGCCAGCGAACAAGAAACGUAUCGUGGUUCAGAUCUACGGACAGAAUACAGCCGAAAAUUCAAGCCUGUAGCAAACAUCCAGACGUUAGAAGAUGCGUACAAUAAUAUUGUUUUGUUGAACAACGACUAUGAACAAACGAAAAUGGAAUUUAAUAAGUUAGGAGAUAGUAAAUUAACAAUGAGGAUUACAAAAAAUAGCGAUGGGACAAUCAGUGUAGCGGUAAUGAUUGGUGAGCUAACUCUGGUAUCGGCAGUAAAUAAUGGCGAAAAGAUGGCAGUUAAAACAGCAAAGCAGGUUUUUCUGAAAACAAUGCAGUCGCACUGCUAUCAUAUUAUUCGGCAGCAAAAUCCCGUGGAAUUGCAAGAAACACUCGGAAGUAAGAUGGAAAGGAAAGUUGUUGAAGGAAUGGUUGAUCACAGCGGGCGACCAACGUCCACUGAACUGAAGGAAAAGAAAAUUGAUGAAAGCAACUUGGGUUUCAAGCUGUUGCAAAAACUCGGUUGGAGUGGAGGCUCACUAGGUGCUAAGAACGAAGGAAUUGUCGAUCCUAUCAAGUGCCAAAUAAAGAUAGGUCGCAAGGGUUUAGGGGUUAAUUCAACAGAACAAUCGGACACUAUGAAAACCGGGAAAAUUAAUCCUCGAGACAACUCCUACUCGAUAGACGUUAACUUCUAUCGUCGAACCAUGCAAAAUUUUCGAAAAUCUGGAAUUGAGUACGAUUUGGUAUUUAGUAGCGAAUUCACCAAAGAAGAACGUGCUUUGUUACAUAGUAUGGCGCAAACUAUGCAAUUGAAAACACGUAGCUACGGUAAAGAUGAAAACGGUACUCGACAACUUGUAUUACUUGGACGUAAGUUGCCUCCCCAUGAACUUUUAGAUCGAAUUCUUAUCGAAAAAGAUACCAUAUUUUGUCAGCUGUAUACAGUUAAACCACCAACAGGCAAUAAUGAAAGUGAUUAAGGAUAGGUUUUAAUGUAAGAAUUUUCAAUUGUUAGGAUUUCUCCAGGGAUUCUAUGUGACACGUAAUGCGAUGUCGAAUUUGGUCGCUGCAUAGAUAAAGGCACAGCUGGCCCGACCAUGGCUGCGUAAUCAACUAUGUGACAAAAUUCGGCAUCCAAAUUGCGUCGCAUUACCACUUAAGUUUGACUAUGCCAUUUAAUUUUUAUAACGCAUUUGAUUGAAAUUGUUAAAAUCGCUCAAAUUUGAACAAUGCAGACGGAUUUGAAUUUACGAAGAGUAUUAGUCAAACCUGUUAUUGAAUACAUCAUUAGAUUGGUAUGAAUUGGUGUGAAAUAGAUGGCUGAUUUGCCAAUUACUAUUCGAUCGAAGACGCAAUCCAACCAAAUCAAUGAUAAUGCGGCUAUAUUUUCUAGACGUGCGCAUUGAGGCAUAUUACGAUGUUGUUUUUUUGAUUAUAGCUGAAAGAUACUUAAUAUCACUUUUGGAAGAUUUUAUGUACUGUGAGAUAAACUAUCAACUUAACUCAUUCACUGUCAAGUCUCGAGUGCGUUGAGAAAUGGCAGCAUAGCGGCUUGAAGCAUAUCAAAAUAGAAAUAAAGGUACUCACCGGCGUUUUAGCGGUCAAUUCGGUCGAGUUACUCGACAGUCAUGUCGCGUGUGACUUGUAUAAUACCAAAAGUAGACCAGUUGAGCAAAGCCCUAUAAUAAAACCAA